AUGGCAUUCGGACUCGUAACCAUCCUCCACAUCGUAGCGAUCGUCUUCGCGAUAAUCGAGCUGGGCCUGACCGCUUACGCAGUGAGCGUCUUCUACAACCGCUGGGGUCCUUACGUCGUGAGCCGGUCGCCCGACUCGCUAAACUUCAUGGUCUUCAACUCAGUCUGGUCGCUGCUCGUGCUCGCAUACCUGGGCCUGACGCCCAUGUACGCCGCCCGCCUGUUUCAUAAGCUCGUCGCCCUGGGACUUCUCGCCCUCACCACCAUCUUUUGGUUCGCCGGCUCCAUCGCCCUUGCUGCGUACCUCGGCGGGCCCUGGAACUGCGGCAGGGACACGCUCUGCGGGUCGACCUCGGCCGCUGUGGCUUUUGGCUUCUUUUUGUGGGCCAUCUUCACCGUCCUGCUUGUACUGGAAGGUCUGGAAUGGAACCGCUCACGCAAAAGCGUCGCUUCCAACCCGCACCAGCCCCACUCAAAGACUACACCUUACAACGGCGCCUAA